UCAGCACCAAGAUGGAGAACUUGCCAAAAUUUGCCAUCAAACAGUACAGCACUCAUGUCGCUAUGAUUGUGAUUUUUGUUCACAAUUAUGUGCUCGACAAGAAUCUGGAGUGCACUUGUGAAUAUGAUAAACUCUCCUGUGGUUUAUACAUGGCUCUACCGUUUUUUAUCUUAUUUGCUUUACAGCUCUGGACGGACAAGACGUUUAAGAGAAUCUGGAAAUACACGUGUAACUGCGACUGCAGGUGCAAAUUUUUCUGUGUUUUAGUGCAUCACAUUCUGAAGGCAGCUUGCGUUGGUCUGCUUUGGGUAUUGUUCCUGUUGAUUGAUGGAGACUGGUAUGUGUGCUGUUACAAUACAUAUAAAGAACAUCCAGAUUUGGGCUGCAAAGAAAAACUAAAUAUCACAGAGAAGGAACGAGUCCUCAUUGCUAAGCUGAAAAACAAGUCCAUGCUUAUUGGCCUGGGUAUACUCUUGGCUGGCUUUGUGGUGGUUACCUUCGUGCUGUCAUGUGGAUGGAAGAAAUGCUGUGAAUGCUGCGAUAGAAAAUAUCUAUAUGACCAAAUGAUUUUGGAGGAAGAAGGCAAUGUCCUGACAGAGAUGAUAAAAAACGCAGCAAAACAGAAGCUGACUGAAAAAAUGCAGGAGAAACUUGACACUGAAAGAUGGCAGGAAUGUUUUGAUGUUGCUGAAGAUCUGAUUAAGGGAAAAACUCCACCAGGAAAACUGGUAAAGCCUCAGGUAGAUAUUCCUCUUCCAGAUAGGCGCCCAGAGGAGGAAAACCUAAUGAAGGGUGCUGGGACAUCAACAACAUCCUGAGGAAAGUAGUUCCCACCAGAAUUCCUUUACAUUUUAAAUUUCAGUUUCUUUGAUUCAGGUCCAUAAAAAAGCUGAACAUUUACUACAACCUUGAGAUAUGUAGUAAAACUGCUAUAAUUAAGCUCAUAAAUACCAUAAAAUGGUAACACAUGCAUGUUACAUACAUUUCAAAGCUGUUUUUGAUGUUACAUGAGUGUAGAUUAUUAAUGGUGCUAUUUAAUACACAUUUAUGAAAAUGUUUGAAUGACCUGUCACAAAUGUAAACAUCUCAUAAGGGGUGUCCACACAGGAAGCACUUCACUCACUGUGCAUCACUUUGCAGCUGACAGUUGGUCUAUUGGCAGCUUUCCAGGCUUGGUUGCCUAAGUAGCCCUCUAAGAUAUUUAUCAUCCUUUCAUAUUUCAAUCAACUGCAAUCUUCACUUCACACUCAAGUUUAACUUGGGACCCGCCCACUUCACUUAUUUGGUUAAUUUGUCUGCAGUUGCUUGAAGUUUCUACAGUUCCCGGCCACCGUGGUCCUAAUAGCUGCUUUCUGCGUGGGCACCUCUUUAAGCUCAAAUUUUACAAGUAGCCUACUGUACAUGUUCAUAAAGUACAGAGUUAUUACUAUUACUGUAACAUUUCAUGCCACCUGUAUACAUAAGACAUGUUUAUAUACAGUUAAAGAAGCAGUGAAGCUUCAAGAGUUCAUCAUAAAUGAUAAAAAUGAAGCUUUUUUAGUCUUCAUUAAUCUGUCACAUUUAUAUAGAAGUGGGAAAAAUGUGGGUUUGAAAUGCU